AUGAAAAACACAACCAAAACUAAUAAUAGUCCAGUUAAUGGGAGGCACGACAUUCGCAUAUUUCAAAAGGAUUUCUAGCCUGAGAGCUAAGAUGAUUAGGCUGAGAAUAGUAAAACAAAUGACAGCGUUUAAGAAGAAAGCAAAGAUGAAGUCAAGCUUCCUAUGAGCAAUCUAGAUUAAGAAUUUAGUAAACUCUAGAGCAGACAGAAGUAUUCAGAGUAUUAUCACUUUUAAAAAUUAUUGGGCUAGGGCGCGUUCUGCUCAGUGUAUCAAGCAAUUGAUAAAUUGACAGGCGAGACUAUCGCUGUAAAAGUCAUCAGGAGAAAAAAUCUCAAUAGCAAUGACGUAAAUCUUUUGAGAUAAGAAGCGGAAAUUCUAUAAACUCUUGACCACUAAAAUAUUGUGUAGUUUAAACAUAUUCGAGAAAUCGGUGGGCGUAUUUUUCUUGGAAUGGAGCUUUUGAGAGGAGGACAACUAACUGAACUGAUUAAAUAGAAGAAGAGCUAGAACAUGAAAUUUACUGAUGAGGAAGCAUCUUCCAUUAUGCGUUGCAUUUUGAAAGCAGUUGCUUAUAUACAUUCAAUUGGGAUAGUUCAUAGGGAUUUGAAACCUGACAAUAUUCUAAUUGGUGAUGUAAAUGAUCUCUCAACAAUAAAACUUGGAGAUUUCGGCUUAAGUGCUAAGUAUGAGCAUAGUUCUUUUAUAACUCUUGAUCAGCAUUGUGGUACUUUGAUAUUUAUGGCUCCAGAAGUAGCCCUUAAAAAGGAAUAUUCAAGAAGUGUAGACAUCUGGUCACUAGGAAUCAUAAUGUACAUGUUACUCACAGGAGGGAGUCACCCACUAUUUUCUAGCAAAGACACAGCUGAGACCUACAAAGCGAAACUUAAAAAUAUCAAGCAGUUAUCUUUUCCUUCCCACUUAUCAGUUCUAGCUAAAAAUUUCUACAUAAGACUCACUAAAUUCAACAUUGCUCAAAGGUAUGCAGCUAGUGAUGCUUUACAGCAUCCAUGGAUAACAAGGAUUAAUAAAACUCUGAUUCCUCUAACAUUACCAGACAAAAUGAAUCAUUUUGAACUGGAAUCUAAGCUCAAACAUAAAAUCUCACUUAUGUUUUUUGCUUCGAUUAUUAAAAAAGCUGCCAUUCGAAAUUCAGGCAUCAAAGAAAACAACUUUACAGAUCCAGAUAUGCUAAACUAUAAAAGACUUUUGAACAAAGUAACCAAGAAGAUUGAUAAGUGGCAUGAGGAAAAAUCAAAGCUUAAAGAGUAAUUUGAAAAGGAUGAAGAAUAUAUAGAACAUGAAUAGAGCCCCACAAAUUUUGAUUCUUCAUCUGAUGAAUCUGAGAGUAUCGAUAGUGCAAAGAAAUAAAGUCCUUCUCGCGUAAGUUAUGAUGGCAAAACUUCAGAGAUGAAUUCAAAUAGCAGUAAAACCAAUCAAGAUCAAUAGAGCAAUUUGAGAUUGAAUAUUAUAAAUUCAAAUAACUAUGAAGAGACUGAACUAAUCCAUUUUUUAAAAAAUUAGGACAAUUAAAAAAGAUCUAAGCAAGGCAGUAUCAAUGUCCAAACACAGAUGCAAAUCCCCAAUUUUCAAAGGAAAAAAAGUCUUAAGAAGACAUCAGUAACUGGUUCUCCCCCAGUUAGGAAGGAUUAACAAUAGCUAAUUUUGGAUAAAAAGAAAAGAUCCCCAAUGAAAGUAGCUUCAAGUACUGCUGAAGGCUUAAAUGGAGUUCCAUUAUCUGGUGUAUCAACAUAAUCCUCUAAUUAGAAUCCAAUGAGCUAACUGUAAGCUUCUAAAACUGAAGACAAGCAAGAGAAAAAUUUGCAAAUCGCAAAUUAAUCAUCAUUUGGUUCAUACUACGACUAAACCCAAGCAGCCUACUAGAGUUUUAAAAAUACCAAUUAGAUUUUCUAAUAAAGUGUUAAAAAUGCUAAUACUAAAGGUGAACCAACAAUGGAGGAGUAAUUAAGGUAGUCUUUCAUUAACUCAGACAGAGUUUUAUAAAUUUAAAAUUAAGUUGACCCCUAUCCUUAGAAUAGCUCAACAUAUAUUGCUACUUAGUCAGGACAAAGCCAAAUUGCUAAGAAGAAUUUGAAUAUUAGUUAAAUAUCAGGAGCAGGAGACAUUAGUGUUUUUGAAGCAGCUCAUAAUGAACAGAAUAAUGCUAAUUUCCUAUAAUAAAAGAGAGGUUUGAAAUCCUUUAGAGAUUAGGAUGGUAAUCCUACUAAUAUCAAGAAAGUAGGGUCUAAGAAAUAAAACCACAAUAUCCAAUAAUAAUCAUACCCUCAAUAGACUACCACACAUUAGAUAAAUUUGAAUGACAUCUUAAAGAAAAAUGAGGGCUAUGAUUAGAAAUUCUUAUUCAAAAAGAACUUCAUUCCGAAGUAGAAGCCUGUAAUGAUUGCCAAUCACAUGCUCACUUAACAGUAGUACUACCCUAAUGGUCAUCAUCACAAUAGUAGCCAUGGCUCCACAUAAUCUAAUUUUCAUAAUUAGAUGUAAAAUACUGGUUACCCCUUCUAAAUGAACUUCAAAGCAAAAAGACCUAAGAAAUCUGGCAAUAAGAGUCACUCAUAAGGAGGGGCUAACUAAUAAAGCGCUAAUAAGUAAAAGUUAAAUUAGUCCAAUAUGCCUUUAAACUAUUUCACAUUGAACAUUGAGCAAGAGGAAAAUAUCCCUCGUGAAAUGCACUCUGUGGCUCACAAAUACUGGAACUCUAAUCAAAAUGACCCUACUUCAUAGUAGGAAUUCGGUCAUAAAGGAUCAUCGAGUGACUUACCUUUGAUUGUAAACAAAGUUUAAAAUAAAUAAGCUGACUCAUAAAAUUCUUCAAAUCUAUAAAUACCAUUACAAAAAAGUAAGACUAAAAAUUAUGACUCUAAGUUCAAGAACUCAGGAAUAUCUGUAAAUGGCUCCGCGAAUCUUUUCAAUGGAUUCAUGAGCAGCAAUAAUAGUGCAAUUAAAGAAGAGGAUGGUUAUAUUGGACAGUAGAAUAGACCAAUUACAUCUGGUUCAGGUAAAUAGGGUCAAGGAUCGCUUGCUCAAGGUUAAAAUAGAAAUAAUCUCAAUAUGAUAGAAUAGUAGCAAUUAUAUACAUUUGAUCAAAUGAGAAGUUAGUAUGAAACAGAGCAUCUUAACAAUAUAAUCUCAAGUUAAUUUGCUACACCAAAUAUGAGCAAAGGAAAAGCAAACGGCAAGAUGAAGGGUCUAGACUUAGGUAAUCCAAUGAGCUAGAUGGAGUGUCACACCACUAAGAAGAAAACAAACAAUUACCAGCUAGGUGAUGAAUUCGUAAGCUAAAGCAUUAUGAAAGAUCUUGCAGGCGCCAAUAAAAGUUUUGACAUGGAACUGAUUAACUAUUAGCAAUUGUAGCAAAAUCAGUAAUAAUUUGAAAGUGGAGUUAAAAGUCAAUACUCACAUAAGAGACAUAAGUCUAUGAGUAACAAACUAAAACAAAGCUAAAUAAAUUAUCAUAAUCAGAACAAUAGCAAUCAUCCAAUGAUCGACCCUGAUUACAAGUAACUCGGCAAUUUUAAAGUUCCUCAUACUAAUCCAAGAGGUUCAAUUGCUUCAAAGGGUGAAUCAGGUAUGCCCAUGCAGCAUCUAAUAAUCACUUAAAUGGAUAGCAAUCAAAGCCAUUCAAAUCCUAAUACCAACAAUAACACUACAACAAAUACACAUGCUAAUAAUAGCAAUAACAAUUCUUUUUCCAUGAAUAAUCAAAGUAUGCUCAGCACAUAGUAUCAUCAUCACCAUCAUCAUAAUGGAGGCCAUGUAAGUCAUCACAAUAGCAGACAUAUGAACUCUGUGGGAGGCACUGGAGGGGGCACUAUGCAGUAGAAGCCAGGCACUGGAAUGCCUAAUGGAAUUCAGGGCCAAUAAGUCAUAUUGACUGACAACUACGUGAAUGGAUUCACAAACUAGAUCAUCAAGUACAAAAACAAGAUCAUUAUUAGGUAACCUUGA